GAGAUGAGAGAAGAGCGGCGUUUUCUGCUCUCCCACUCAUGCCGUCAGGGGGGAAAAGAGUGUGUCCACGUGGCGUAAGAGAAGACGAAGAGGCGCUCGGUCGUUGGUAGUUAGGAGAAGAAUUGGAGAGAGAGGAAGGGCGACCGGUCGGAAGAUGGAUCGGUCCGCUACCGGUAGCCUGGGCGCAAGCUCGCCAUGGCGGCGGUGUUUCUUGAUCUUCACCGUCCUUGCGUUGCUCGUGGGAAAUGGUCACGCCGCCCGCGUCAGUCUUUUUGACGCCGGAUCGGGCUUUCGUCUCGACACGUGGACGCAGCAGGAGAAUCGCCGGGAAGCUUUGGCUAUGGUGAACCUGACCAAUCUGCAGCCAAACCUCGUCAAGGACGUUCGCACUGUGCUGAAGCUCGCACCGGCGCUUGCUCUCGACUCGCGCAAUGACAGCAACGGAUUGUCGUGCGCUUCUUUGGUCAAGAACUUGGUCUUUAACUCUUCAGACCCGGCGGGCACUGUCUUCUAUUACGUCGUCGACGAUGUUUGCCAGACAUCGAAUGGCGUGAUCAGACAUCAGGUGAUGUCUGUGAGGAGGGGUGAUCUCGCCCCGCUGGAGCAAGGAUUGCAGGAGUCUGCACAAGACGAGCUGGUCAGUUAUUGGUGGCCGAACGCGACUCUCAAUGGGACGACACGUGUCGAGCCCAUCGUAUAUCAAUCGGCAAUUUCCAUGACGAAGAUGUCGAGGAUCCAAGCUAUGGAUCUUGCGCCAAAUGGCAGCCGUCUGAUGCUAAGCACGGACGUGGCCGGCAUGAACCUGUCCACCAGGGUCGCCUUCCUCUCCGUGCUCGAUCGUAAUUGGACCUCUGCUCCCCUGCCCAAGGACGUAGGAGGCGGUAGCUUGGCGCUGAACCCGGCGAAGACGCAUCUGUACCUCGCAGACGUGGGGAAGCCGGCGGCGAGAGUUCUCGCCGCCCCGCUCGUCGCCGUCGAGAACGUGAGUAUCGUCGUUGGCAACAACGACACCGAGGAGGGGGGACAGUCGACCUGGAAUGCCGUCGCAAGCUUUCCCAACGGGACCGAUCCGAACAUAUCAACGAUUCAUUUCAAUCACCAGAGUUUUGCGUCUGAUGGCGCUUGCCUCUUCUUCAUUGACGGAGAACACAACAAGCUGUGGGUGCUGCAGACGGGGUCCAAGAAGGUGAGCUGGGUCGCCGGCACAGGGGAGUGCGGCGAUGGCGAUGGCGAUGGCGAUGGCGAUGGCGGCAAUGCAACCUUCGCUGGCCUGCGCGACAUCGUCGUCACGCCUGAUGGCUGUAACGUCUUCGUGUCGCAGAUCGGAGGAUCCGUUCGAUGGAUCAAGAUGGAAUCGCCAUGCGGCGGCGCCAAAAGCGUCGAGACAAUCGUCAGCUCUGAGAGGCAAGAUGGCUCAGGUACGGGUUCCCGCGCCGGGGUCUGGGCUCUGACUUUGAACAAGGACAAGCUGUACGUUGGCGGGAACGAGGGGUCGAUAUUCGAGCUCGCGCUCGAUAAAGAGGCGCUGCACGUCUGCGGCGGCGGGGGCAGCGGCGGUGGCGGCGGGAGUCAGCCCCACCCCUCGGGGCCGCCCUGCAACCAGCCUGAAUGCCAACAGCCGGCGGCAUCCAGUGCUCCUGCUAGCGAAGCGGAAAAGCCGCCGUGCAACGAGCCGCAAUGCCAACAACCGACGCCGCCAGAGUCUUCCCGCCCGGCACAAAGCCCCCCGUGCAAUCAGCCUGAAUGCCAAAAUCCGGAGCCGUCUGCCAGUGCUCCUGCUAGCGAAGGAGAAAAGUCGCCGUGCAACAAGCCUGAAUGCCAAAAUCCGAAGCCGUCUGCCAGUGCUCCUGCUAGCCAAGGAGGAGAGCCGCCGUGCAACCAGCCUGAAUGCCAACAGCCGGCGCCAUCCAGUGCUCCUGCGAGCGAGUCAGUUACUUCUCCCACCGAAGCUCCUGCGAGCGAGUCAGUUACUUCUCCAAGCGAAGCUCCUUCGUCUUCGAGCUGGCCUGGGGUUUCUCGUGUUUCUCCGAGCCUGUCAGAUGCCUCUCCCAUCGAGUCAGAUGUCUCUCCCAUCGAGUCUGAUGACUCUCCCAUCGAGUCUGAUGUCUCUCCCAUCGAGUCUGAUGAUUCUCCCAUCGAGUCGGAAGUUUCUCCGAGCGAGUCAGUUGUCUCGCCAGGUCAGUCCGUUGCUUCUCCGAGCGGGUCAGGUGCUUCUCCCAGCGGGUCCGUUGCUUCUCCCAGCGGGUCUGGUGCUUCUUCAAGGGGGUCAAGUACUUCUCCCAGCGGGUCAGCUGCUUCUCCGAGCCAAGAGGAGAAGGCGUCAGAUGCUUCUCCGAGUGGGUCAGGUGCUUCUCCCAGCGGGUCAGGUGCUUCUCCGAGCCAAGAGGAGAAGCCGGAGUCAGAUGCUUCUCCCAGCGGGUCAGCUGCUUCUCCCAGCGGGUCCGUUGCUUCUCCCAGCGGGUCAGGUGGUUCUGCCAGCCAAGAGGAGAAGGCGGCGUCAGAUGCUUCUCUUAGCCAAGAGGCGCAUCAAUCAAGUUCCUCUGCUAGCGUACAGGCACAGCCUUCGCACUCUUCUCCGAGCCAAGAGGCCCUCCCCUCAAAUGCUUCCCCUAGCCAACAGGCUGAAAAAUCGAAUUCUUCCCCUGGCCGAGGGGAAGAAAUUGACUAGGCAACAGGCUCUCGAAUCAAAUUCUUCGCCUGAC